UUGGUUUCCACACUCGUAAAGGUGGUUACAUUGUGGUACCUGAAAAGUUGCCGAACUAUGUGGUACCAGAUUUGACUGACUUCAAGCUAAAACCUUACGUAUCUCAGUGCACUAGUGAAGUUGCAUCUACUGAGGCUGUGUGAUAUUAUGAGAAGAUUGCUCUUAGGGUAUCUUCAACCCUUUGCUCUGUUAGGAAGUCUUAUGCUUUAUUCUAUAAGUGAUUUAUGGAUUUUGUUGAAGAUCUUUGUGGAUAAAAAUGGUGUAAACUCAUUUCUAACAGAACUUGCUUUAAUCAGUAAUUAGGUACAGUCGAAAAGCUCUAAUUAUUGGUAGUAAUGAUAUUAACGUUGCAUUCAGUUUCUUUCUGUAUUAAGAAGCUAGAGGACUCUAUCUCGUAGUAAUCUUCUAUUUAUUUAGAGUAUGUUAGUUACAACUUUCACGCCUUUGGAGAUGAUAAAAUAAUGAUUUAAACUUGUUUUUCUUUAUUAAUAUUGCCUAGUAACAUUUUAAAUUUUGAUCAAUAAAUAGUUAUUUUACACAGAAGAUAUGUUGCCCACCUGUAUUUUAGACUUUUGCCACAUCACCAGUGGGCAGCAUAUCUCGUGUUUACUAUGGGCAAAAGAUCAGUUCUGUUAUUUUACAUUAGAACUCAUUUACUUAUAUUUAUACUUUUUAGCUUAGCCAAACAUGCUCCAAACAUUGACAUGGGAGAGGCGUACUUGGGCAUUGCAGAAGAUAAUUUUAAACUAGCCAAAAAAAUAAAAAAGACGUGUUCAUAGGGAGUCAAGUGGAAGAAUGUAAAGUUUAUCUAAUAUUUUUAUUAAUGGUUUAAUAAUUAUUUAAUCUAGUAAAUUCUUAUUUUAUCUGUUUAGUUAAAAAGUAUAUCACAAUGAAAGUAGUUAAUUACUAUUAGAUUUUAUCAACCAUAAGAAAGUUACUAGAUUUAUUUAGAAGUUACAAAUCGAACUAAUGUUUAUGGCAAUAACAAAAGGAAAAGGGAGAACUAUGGAUAUGGCAAUGACAAGCUUUGAAAUGGGUGAUUUCUUGGAUCAGCUAGAUUCAAGAGGCAAGUUUUGCUAGGCUUGAAUUGUUAGCAAUGUGACUAGACCUCAAUUGGCACGAUUGGUUCAACCAGUGAAGUUGGGAACUGGGCAUGAAAACCGGUCCAAAAUUCGUCGACCUCUGAUCAUCCUUUUUCUUUUUCCAGUCAUUUUUUAAAACAUUGCCUGUUCUAUUCUUUUUGAGUAAAGUAUCGAAAAUCAAAACAUAAUAAUUAAAAAUUUUUAGGUUCUAUGGCCUGCUUCCUAGCCAAGCCUAAUCCGGCCUUCUCAAUAGUUGUGUUAACCCUCAUUUUCUAGACAAUGCUACCUAACUCGGUUCACAUUUCUAUAAACGAAAAAAUAAAAUAUUUGUCAUUCGCAAUUUGAGAGGUUAAGUUAGAGUGUCAGUAUAAUAUCAAGCGACUUGACAAGAUUUAGGCUAACCCAAGCAUGUCCGACAGGCUAUAACCGGAGGCAAUGUGGACCUAGCAUGAGCUGUCUCGACCCAAAAGUGAGCUAAUACGGACCAUUUCAAUACUGGGCUAGGUCCUAUUUCCUCUUCUAUGUUAACUUGAUUAAAUGCAAAGUACAAUACAUUAACAAAUGGGUUGGUGUAUGAUUCAGACAAACAAAAGCAGUUCCCCAGGCAUGUCCAUGAUGUGUCCACAGCUCUUCACCAUGUGUCAAUUUACAUGCUUAUGCCACCCCCACCCACCUCGCCACGUGUGUACUUCACAUUCAUUCACUCUCUUUUAUAUGCAUAUUUUAAAACCCUUUGGCUUCACUCAAAAGCAAAGCCUGCCCAAAAGCUUGCACUUAGCCAUGGAAGAAGCAAAUUUGAAAAAAAGUGAUUAUGCAAAGAAAAAAAGCAUCAGGAGGAGGUCUCAGUCCUACACAAGAAAAUCAGCUCAUCUGAACCGGUUGAUUGACAUGGCUGAAGCUAGAAGAGAAAUAGUGAAUGCUCUACAUCUUCACAGAUUAUCUUCUUCAUCAACUCCUGGAACUGCAGGGAACAGUUCUUGGACUUCGCAGAACAGUUAUCAGUUGAUGGAGUCUAUGCCACUUCCUGAACCAACCUGGUCUACAACACCACCUACAGUGGUGUGUGCUCCGGUUCCUUCAGUGGAAGUUCUUGACUUUGAUUGGCCUGAAAAUAUGUGUUCUUCUUACACUUGGUGGAUAGGGUUUUUGAAUUCUUUGGAUUGUAAAGGAAAUAGUGAAUUAAUGGUGGAAAAUUCACUGGGGAAAGAUGAUUUGAAUGUCGAAAAACCAUAUUUGGAUGUAAAUGAUGAUGAGAGCCCAUUUCUUGAUGAGUGGUUGAUUUUUCCUGCCGCCGAGGAUCAAGUGUAAAAUCGUUUAAGGUUGUGUCCGAAUUUGCGUAUUCGAUUGGACAAUAUAAUGAACAAAAUUUUCGAUGUAAAAUAACAAGUGCAAGUUGAUUUGAUCUA